CUUGAGAACCAACUUACUUGUACAAAGUGUGACCUCGAUAUUGCUUUAAGCUCGGGUAUUCAGCUUGGUAUUAAAUGCAAUCUCUUGAUAAAAAAUAAUGAGAGCUUUUCAGAGCGUGUAUGCCAGCUUAAAAAUAAGGUGAGAGAACUCAAAAAUCAGAUUUCUCACAAAGAUAUUUCUCUUACAAGUGCUAAAAGCGAGAUCACUGCGAAAUUGGAAGAGAUACGGGCUCUCCAAUUAAGAGUAAAAAAAUUGGAGCAGAAUCUUUCUUUAGCACAGGAUGAGUUAUCAGAAAUGGAAUCUCUCAAGAAUGAAUCCGUACUAGAAAAUACUAAUCUAUAUUUAGCAAAAAUGGACUUAAAAGAAACUCUGUCUAAAGAAAGAGAUGAAUUGAUGCAAAUAAAGAAUGAUUUAGUUUCAGUACAAAAAGCAUUAUCAGAGAAAGAUUUCCUUCUUCAAGAAGCUAAUGCUU